ACCCUCACAGUAGCAGUAGCAGCACUCACCACUGCAUUACUCCAUAGUUAGCUAUGGUGUCUUCAAACCAUUUAGCUGCUAUAUCUCUCUCCUCCCUUCUCCUAGCUCUGCUUCUGUGUUCAGCAGGAGCUAGUUCUUCUUCCAAAAAUGCCACAAAAAUUGGCCAGGGCUACCGUCUUGUCUCCAUUGAAGAGACCCCUGAUGGUGGCCUUAUAGGGAUCCUGCAACUUAAGCAGAAAACCAAAACAUAUGGCCCUGACAUUCCCCUUCUUAGGUUCUAUGUCAAGCAUGAGGCAGAUAAUCGUUUAAGGGUACACAUAACCGAUGCACAGAAGCAAAGGUGGGAGGUUCCCUACAACCUUUUACCGAGGGAGCAACCACCACCUUUGUCUCAAAGCAUUGGGAAGUUCAGGAAGAACCCUAUAACUGUUACUGAGUAUUCUGGUUCUGAAUUUCUGUUUAGCUACACUUCAGACCCUUUUAGUUUUGUGGUUAAAAGGAAGUCUAAUGGUGAGACCCUUUUUGAUACCUCCUCUGGUGAUUCUGACCCUUUUAGUUCUCUUGUUUUCAAGGACCAGUACCUUGAGAUUUCCACCAAACUGCCUAAGGAUGCCUCCUUGUAUGGUUUGGGAGAGAACACACAGCCACAUGGGAUCAAGUUGUACCCUAGUGACCCUUACACCUUGUACACCACUGACAUUUCUGCCAUUAAUCUCAAUGCCGAUCUGUAUGGAUCGCACCCUGUGUACAUGGAUCUCAGAAACUCAGGUGGCAAGGCUUCUGCACAUGGUGUUCUGUUGCUCAAUAGCAAUGGAAUGGAUGUUUUCUACACAGGAACUUCUCUUACAUACAAGAUUAUUGGAGGUGUUCUUGACUUUUACUUCUUUUCUGGGCCUAGUCCUCUGAAUGUUGUUGAUCAGUACACUACCUUAAUUGGUAGACCAGCUCCAAUGCCUUACUGGGCCUUUGGAUUCCACCAAUGCAGAUGGGGAUAUCACAAUCUCUCAGUGGUUGAAGAUGUUGUGGAGAAUUACAAGAAGGCUCAAAUCCCACUUGAUGUGAUUUGGAAUGAUGAUGAUCACAUGGAUGGAAAGAAGGACUUCACACUCAACCCUGCGAACUACCCUCGUCCAAAGCUUUUGAACUUCCUGGACAAGAUACACAACAUUGGCAUGAAAUAUAUUGUCAUUAUAGACCCUGGAAUUGCUAUUAACACCAGUUAUGGUGUUUAUCAAAGGGGUAUGGCUAAUGAUGUUUUUAUCAAAUAUGAUGGGGAACCCUUCGUGGCUCAAGUUUGGCCUGGGGCAGUAAACUUCCCUGAUUUUCUUAAUCCAAAGACGGUUUCUUGGUGGGUUGAUGAGAUCCGCCGCUUCCAUGAACUUGUACCUGUUGAUGGCCUGUGGAUCGACAUGAACGAGGUGUCAAAUUUCUGUUCUGGAAAGUGCAAACUUCCCAAGGGAAAGUGCCCUACUGGAACAGGACCUGGAUGGAUAUGUUGCUUGGAAUGCAAGAACAUCACAAGCACAAGGUGGGACGAUCCUCCAUACAAAAUUAACGCCUCAGGAAUAAAAGCUCCUAUUGGCUUCAAAACAAUAGCCACUAGUGCAUACCACUAUAACGGUGUGUUAGAGUAUGACGCUCACAGUCUUUAUGGCUUCUCACAAACCAUUGCAACUCACAAGGGCCUUCAAGGGCUUCAAGGAAAAAGACCCUUUAUUUUGUCCCGUUCUACUUAUGUUGGUUCAGGCAAAUAUGCUGCACAUUGGACAGGUGACAAUCAGGGAACAUGGGAAAACUUGAAGUACUCUAUCUCCACAAUGCUCAAUUUUGGCAUAUUUGGGGUGCCAAUGGUGGGUUCAGAUAUAUGUGGGUUCUAUCCACAGCCUACUGAAGAACUAUGCAAUAGAUGGAUUGAAGUAGGGGCUUUCUACCCAUUCUCAAGGGAUCAUGCAAACUACUACUCCCCUAGACAGNUAUAUAUAUAUAUAUAUAUUAAAAACUAA